AUGGCCUCCAACGGCGUCAACGGCACAAACGGCCCCGUCACGGCCACGACCGCCGCCAAAGGCCCGAGCAGCCGCUUCGACCCGACCUUUACGCAGCGCGUCAUCGACACCAUGGGCCCCAACAUGACGCCGCGCAACCGGCAGGUCAUGAGCGCCCUGGUGCGGCACCUGCACGACUUUGCGCGCGAGGUCGAGCUGACGCCCGACGAGUGGAUGGCGGGCGUGCACUUUAUCAACUCGGUCGGCCAGAUCUCGACCAAGACGCGCAACGAGGCGCACCGGGUGUCUGACGUGCUGGGCUUGGAGAGCCUCGUCGACGAAAUCGCCAACAAAAUCGUCGCCGAGGGCGACAUCGACCCGACCUCGUCCUCCAUCCUCGGCCCCUUCUGGUCCCCCAACGCCCCCUUCCGCGACAACGGCUCGUCCAUCAUCCAGGACCCCAACCCCGACGGCCGCGUCGCCCUCAUGCACGGCACCAUCACCGACCUCGUCACCGGCAAGCCCAUCCCCGGCGCCGUCUUCGACAUCUGGCAGGCCAGCGCCAACGGCAAAUACGACUUCCAGGACCCGGAGAACCAGUCGCCCAACAACCUGCGCGGCAAGUUCCGCGCCGACGACAACGGCAAGUAUUGGUUCUACUGCUAUCACCCGACGGCGUACUCGCUGCCCACGGACGGGCCGGCGUAUCAGCUGCUGUCGCUGAUGGAUAGGCAUCCGAUGCGGCCUGCGCAUAUUCACAUCAUGGUCACGCACCCCGAUUACAAGGGCUGCACCACGCAGCUGUAUCCCAGGGACGACCCCUGGCUGGCCACCGACACCGUCUUUGCCGUCAAGAACGACCUCAUUGUCGACUUCAAGCCGCGCGAGGGCGACGACAAGGCCGAGCUGGAUCUCGAGUACAAUGUCAUCCUGGCGCCCAAGGACUACAAGGGCAAGCAGUUUUGA